AUGGAUGAAGAUCAUCCGCCGUCAGUCACAGGUUCACAGGGCGCGGCGGUAGCUGUGACUCCCCAGAAUCUUCACACCGGGACGGAGAUUGGAGAAGGGAGCCAGAGUCUUUCCGGCAGUCUUGUGAACGACACCACCUCAACGCCUGAUCAAGCACUCCCCACAAUCGCUGCUGAAAAUGCCGCCCGUGUAUCGCGGACACGAUUUCCCUCGCCAGUGCAACCGCUGGAUGAUGGAAAUGACAGCCACCAGAGUUGGAUGGGUGACGGAUACAUUCCCAGCAAUUAUGGAGACUCUCCUUACCGAGCUAUCGACACAUCACAGCUUGGCAGUGAGGAUGCUUUGCUUUCGCCCGACAAAUAUGAGAACCAAGCUGUCGCGGAAUUCAUCAAGGAUUAUCGAAACUCGGUCCAUUUGACCAGGGAGAAGGACAGAAAGUCUGUUUCCAUCAGCAAGGAAAGAACGAAAGAAGAAGAGCAGUAUGAGCUCGCAAAAUUUAUCGAUUCUCACACCUGGAGCCAGGAUCAAGAAGAUGAGUUGGGCGCCUCUUGGGACGAUGGUGUAAUCAAGGCUGCAAUACAGCGCUUGCCGGAUCGUGGUACCCAUCUUUCCUCGAUCUUCAAGAUCUCUUUUCAUCUCUGCAACAUUGAUCCUCUACCUUUGCUAUCCAUGUAUCACGACUUCAAAUUCGACAAUAGCGGUAGCGAUAGCUUCAUGCAUGCUGGACAAAUGAAGCGCAACCCCUUGUGGACGUUACAUUUCUGCGACAAGCUCAAGAGAAUCAUGACACAUCCUUUAUGGACAGUCAUUUGCCAGACAGACAACGGCGAGGGGUUCUCUGCGGAAGAGGCCCACAUCUUGAGCCUCCUCGGCUGUGGCAAUCUGGGCCCGUUCUCAGGUUCUCCAGUCCUAGAGCGCUUUCGCUUCCAUCAAGAACGAUUUAAAACUGCUGGUGUGUUUGUGACACCUCACGCCAAGCUUCUGGCGUUGAUAGCUGAUCAGGUUGGGGUAAGCGCAGUACCAACAUCAACCGAAACUUUGCUGGUCAGGACUGGAGACUUGGGUGUCGUGAUCAGCGCUUUGGACCGCUUGAAUGAUUGUAGUAUGAACAUCUCCUGCGAGGCUCAUUAUCUGCAAUAUUGCGCCAUUCGAACCUUGAGAAGUUACCCCUCAGGACUGGAGGAGCUAUUGGAGGCAUACAAAGGGGUUUGGAUGAAGCUUCAGAGGAGGAAGCUCUGCAAUGCAGCAGUAAACCAGCCUCCCACCCAAGGUGAUAUGUUGUAUCAUCAGGCUGAUGGACAGGGAGUCCCAGCCAAUAACAACUUGCUGACCAACAAUGCAGUUUUGGGUGGCUUUCCUAGGAAUCCUCAACCAGUGGGACAUUUCGAACCAGAGAGCAAUCCUAUCCGUCGGUUAUUUGACCCCGACGCUGGCGACUUGGUCAGGACUAUAGCUGAUCACAGGGAUCAUCUUAAUCCAUUCCAGGCGUUUCUCGCGAACCAGCGCAACAGAGCCCAGUCGAACGUCCGAAGCCCCUUCGUCACACAGCCUGACCCAGGUCCGGCACAAGAGCCUAGAAUGAAUGUCAUUGAAGACAGAGAGGUCAUAUCAAUUGAAUCAUCUGACGAAGGGAUGCUAGAGGAUCAACCGGAACAGACCCACAACGUUCCUCAGGUUGCAGGUGGUCGCCCACGAAAGCGCAAGGGGCAGAGGGACAGAGCCCGAGACCGGGAACGGAAGCGAAAGUUCCUGGCCAAGAAGGAGAGAGAGCGCCGCCAUGGGCACCGCGGCCAACCUCAUUCAUCUGCGCCACAAAGACAGGCCGGAAAUCAAGGAGGAGCUUGGCUUGGUAUUGAGAAUCAGCCACAGCCUGGUUCGCAGUUCAAUCCUCCAACUGGACCGAGAGCAUGGAGACAACAGCAUGGGGGACAUGGCCCAUUUUGA